AUUGCCCAAGCGGUAGUCACACAAUAAGAAUAAAUAGGCGGCACCGCUUCGUGUGUUCGCGCAGUACAUAACUAUAUACACACAUAUACGUAUAAUUAUUAUUAUGUUUAGUAUAUUUCGUUAGGUUUAAAUGCCGACGCAAGCCAAACAUACACAUACAAAAUUUGCGGCUCUGAAAAUUUAAAGUGUUUCCUUUACUUGCGGUGCGCGUGUGCUUGACAUUUCGGCGGUCAAUUUUGCUAGUGUGUAUGUAAGAGUGUGUGUAUAUUUUUUUCCGCGGUGUGGUGUUGUUGUUGCUAGCUUGUGUGCUGUUUUUUGCUCCACUUUUAAGUGAAUAUACAAAGGCACACAUAUGACGACGUUCAUGACAAAACCAAAUAUAAAACCCAAAAUUAACAGUCAAGUGCAAAAACAAUAAAAAAAAUAGCUAAACAAAAAGCCAAAUACGGUGUAAAAAGCUAAAGAAACAAAAAAGUAUCCUUGGCCUCCUUAACCGACGAAGCGUUCAUAUAUCCCCCGCACAACAACUAGCAACAUCUCAUCAUGGAUCUAAUCAAUAAAUUCAGUGAUGCAUUCUGGAGCACGCAUAUUUGGCUGCCGCCAAAUACAACAUGGGCCGAUAUCGCGCCCGGUUCACGUCCAGAUGUUGUCCAUGCUGACUAUCGUGAUCUUAUUUGGCCCAUUCCUUUGGCCGCUGUGGUCAUGCUUAUACGUUACACAUUGGAGCGCUUUUGGAUAUCACCAAUUGGCAAAUCGUUGGGCAUACGUAGUUCUAGACCUAAGAAAGCAGCAAAUGUUCCUAUUUUAGAGACGGCAUAUGCCAAGUCCUCGCGUUUGGACCACAAGUGGCUGGCUCCGCUGUCCAAACAGACGGACAUGACGGAACGUCAAAUUGAGCGCUGGUGGCGAUUGCGAAGGGCACAGGAUAAACCCUCCACAUUGGUGAAGUUCUGUGAGAAUACCUGGCGAUGCCUAUACUAUCUAUAUAGUUUUAUAUUUGGCGUCAUUGUCCUCUGGGAUAAGCCAUGGUUUUGGGACGUGAAGAGCUGUUGGUAUGGUUAUCCGCAUCAGUCUGUGACGAGCGACAUCUGGUUGUAUUAUAUGAUAUCCAUGUCCUUCUACUGGUCACUAACCGCCACGCAAUUCUUUGAUGUGAAACGCAAAGACUUCUGGCAAAUGUUCAUACAUCACAUGGUCACCCUAUUGCUAAUGUCGCUCAGUUGGGUCUGUAAUUUGCACCGCGUUGGCUCCUUGGUGCUGGUCGUCCACGACUGUGCCGACAUCUUCCUGGAGGCAGCGAAGCUUACCAAAUAUGCCAACUAUCAGAAGCUCUGCGAUGCCAUCUUUGCCAUAUUCACGGUUGUUUGGAUUGUUACACGCCUGGGCUUUUAUCCGCGCAUCAUCUACAGCUCAUCUGUGGAGGCGCCGCGUAUAUUGCCGAUGUUCCCAGCCUAUUAUAUCUUCAAUGCGCUGCUUCUGAUGCUGCUGGUGCUGCACGUCAUCUGGACAUAUAUGAUUCUAAAAAUUGUUGUGGACUCUCUGCAAAAGGGUUUGAUGUCCGGUGAUAUACGUUCCAGUGAUAGUGAAGAUCUCACAGAUAGUUCGGAGAAUGUGCGUGUUGCCAAUGGAUCGACGCGGUCAAAAUCGAAGUCGAGUGCAGCAGCUGCCACAGGGACGGCUGCCACGCCCACAGUUACACAGCGAAAGCAGCACAGCAACAGCAGCCGCAGCAGCAGCAGCAACAGCAACAACCACACAGCAACGACUGCAACAACACCAACAACAACGACAGAAACCACAAACUGAUGGAGAAACAAAAAGUUAAAAUGCAGCAAACGCAACACCAAUCAGUAAAUGGAUUGAAAUGAUGAAGAAACAAAAACAACAGCAACAACAACAACAGUAGCAGCAGCAGCAUCAGCAACAACCACAACCACAACAACAAAUCGACAAAAGCAACAACAACAAGAACCACAAAAAACCAAACCAGUUCAGAACGUUUUAUGUUAAUUUUUAUUUUUAUAUAUUAUAUAAUUUUUUUUAUCAUAAAUAAUUUGGAAUAAAUACGAGAAAACCUACA